UCGUGGUGGAUUCGUGAGUCUUCGCCAGCGCUCGACGCUUUCCGGCGCUCCCGAUAGCGAGUCGUGCCGCAGUUUCGUCCUUGCUCGCGUUGUUGUUGUCUGCGGUGACGCGGCGGAGGUGUACCCUGACGCGGGCUCUUACGUGUCGGACUGAAUAAAAAGUGGAGCUCCGGAGGCCCGGGAGUGACGCGAGAACAGAGAGAGCGAGUAAGCGAGUCCGUGACCGGGCAGGCCUUGCUAACCGAGUCCACCUCCUCUCCUCACCGCGGCUUUUCUAAAUGACCAUGGACGCAGGAGCAGAUGUGCAGCAGGGCAGCGAGACGGCUGUCUCUGAGACGGACACGCAGCAGAUCGCCACCCUGGCGCAGGUUUCCAUGGCAGCGGGUCAGGCCUCAGCCACCGGGCCGACUGUCACGCUGGUACAGCUGCCUAACGGUCAGACAGUCCAGGUUCACGGGGUGAUCCAGGCCGCGCAGCCGUCUGUCAUCCAGUCUCCGCAGGUCCAAGCCGUACAGAUCUCCACCAUCGCUGAGAGCGAGGACUCGCAGGAGUCAGUGGACAGCGUGACGGACACCCAGAAAAGGAGGGAGAUCCUCUCUAGGCGGCCCUCGUACAGAAAAAUCUUGAACGAUCUCUCAUCGGACACUCCAGCCGUGCCACGGAUAGAGGAGGAAAAAAACGAGGAGGAUUCGGCACCGGCCAUAACUACAGUCACCGUGCCCACCCCCAUUUACCAAACCAGCAGCGGACAAUACAUUGCCAUCACACAAGGCGGAGCCAUCCAGCUGGCCAAUAACGGCACAGACGGCGUUCAGGGCCUGCAGACUCUGACGAUGACUAACACAGCGGGGGCCCAGUCAGGCGCCACCAUCCUGCAGUACGCUCAGACCAGCGACGGCCAGCAGAUCCUGGUGCCCAGUAACCAGGUUGUGGUGCAAGCUGCGUCCGGAGACGUGCAGGCGUAUCAGAUCCGCACGGCGGCGUCCGGCACCAUCGCUCCCGGAGUGGUGAUGGCGUCGGGCCAGGGAGGUGCCGAGGAGGCCACACGCAAGAGAGAGGUCCGCCUCAUGAAGAACAGGGAGGCAGCGCGAGAGUGCCGUCGCAAGAAGAAGGAGUAUGUGAAGUGUCUGGAGAAUCGCGUGGCCGUGCUGGAAAACCAGAACAAAACCCUCAUCGAGGAGCUGAAAGCACUUAAGGACUUGUACUGUCACAAAUCGGAAUAACACACACACACACAUGCACACAAACACAGCGGACAUAUCGUGCUUUUCCCCAGGUCCUACUGAGACAGUGACUCUUCCCCUUACACAGGCACCUGGGCAGCAGUCUUUUCUUUCCCUAUCUGUUUUUCUUUUUUUAUUGCCUAUAAGAAAUGGAAAAAAAAAAACAACUCUUAAAAUCGAAUGCCUUUAUUGUGUUCUGUAUAAAAAAAAAAAAAAAAGAGCCAACAUUUUUAAAAAGAGUAUCUCAUGACUCUUAAAACUCCAAAGCGACCCGACGGACGUGUUUACGAGGCAUCGCAGACACAAAAACAUUAACAACAACAAAAAGCGUUUGCCGUGUUUUCGCGAUUUCAGUCGGGGAGAUCCCACGAUGCACCGGUGUUGGAUGGCCACGCCUCCUUUCAAUCACGCUGACUUCCUGGGAGACGGCGCUCGUCCGAUAUCAACGUGUGGGACUUGAGUGAAUUAACAAAUGAACCUCUGAUUCAUUUGAAUUUCUAUGUGCUUCUGUUACUAACACAUGAACCCUAUUUUGAUAUGGAAAAAUCUAUCGAAUAUGUAUGUAUAUGCUUCUAUUAUGUUUGUUUGUUGUUGUUUUUUUGCGCCAUUUAAUCUGCGCUUUUGCCUCUUUCUUUCACCUCCAGCAUCGUUGCUUUGUUUGCUGUCUUACAGGAAGUAGACUUUGGAGCUAAAUCAGGAUAAAAGUGACGAUUUCUACGAUGUUUAAAAUACAGUUAUACGCUUUUCAACAUAAGUUACGCUUGUAAAACCUUCUUUUUUUUUUUUCUUUUUUUUUAUAGAACAUUGUAACACAUUUACUUAUUCAUACCAGUUCUCAUUCUCGAGUUCAUUUUAAUUAUUGAUGUAUUCUUUACCCAUUUCUUUUAACGGGACACAAUCCUCGACCGCUGCCUUUUUUUUUCUUUUCCCCUGAGGUUGCGUUAUGCCUAGGACUGGGAUUUUUCUAAAUCCCAGAUUAAAAAGAGAAAAAGGCAGCUUGUACCUGUAUCUGGUGCUCACUGCUGAAUCGAAAACCCAUGUUAUGUUAUGUUUCUGUUUUCUCCCAUCGAAUGUAGCCAUCUGAAACAUUAUAUGCAUCCCCCUCCA